GUUAUAUACUCGUUUCAUGACCCUUUCGAUUUAGAGUGCAACUCUAGAAUGAUUAAUGAUUUAUCUGUCAUCUGUCAUGUUUCGUGGGGUUUGAGAAUAACAAGAAUAAGAACAGUUCAAAUAGAUUCGUGCAGUUAGGUUUGAUGUUGAGUAGAGGAAAUAAACUAGCUCUCUUGGAUUGCUACCGUGAACCUGUAAAGAAGUGGUUUUAUUAAAUAUUGGAGAAUAUAAUAGUGGACGACGAGGUAAAAAGUAGUUCGCGUGUGAAGUUGGAAAGUGUUGCAAUUUUUGGCCGAAGUUGGCAAAUUUAGUCCGGACGGCAGCGGAGAAUCUGGAGAGUUCCGUUUUGCGUCGGAUUGAAGGUAAUUAUUUCCUUUUCUUUUUCAUGGAAGUGAAAGUUGGAAGAUUUUUUUUUCUUGAGUAAUUGAAUAGAGAUUGAAAGAAUUCAAUAGUUGACCGCAACCCAUUGUUUGUGAAAGGAAGCUAUUGUGAGCUCAUUUCUAAAUUGCUUUCGUUUGUUUUUCUUUUGUUCUAUAGCCGGUCGAAAGCGACGCUAUACUCGGUUGGUUGAAAGCGCUGGUGUUGAGGUGACAUUGCCAUCCUCCCAGGUCGAUCCGCUCCCUGGUUGAGUGCCAACGCUGAGGUUCCAGAAGAUUUAGUGAAGUGAUUAUCCUGCAAGCGUCCCAGGUUGAUCCGCUCCCUGGUUGAGUGCUGACGCUGAUAUUACAGAAGAUUCGAAGUAGUGAUUACCCCGCUUGCUUCCCAGGUCGAUCCGCUCCCUGGUUGAAUUCCGUUCGAGAUCAUCCUGCAGUUCAUCUGGUUGGACUGGUCUCUGGCUGAGAUCGAUUGGACCACUAAUUGGCAGGCGUUAUCUGCAGCGUCGACUGGUAUACAUCCUUUGGUGUUCCGGAAUCCCAGGAAUUGAGCGAAGACGCCAUGGGACUAAUUGGUUCAAUUGAUCCAUAUGUCCAAGGCACUUCUUUUUCGCAUUAUGUGGAACAAAUGGAAUUCAUUUUUUCGAGUAACGACAUAGUAGAGGGCAAGAAAAAGGAUAUAUUUUUGAGUUUGUGUGGUGUAACGGUCUUUCAGGAACUAAAACGACUUUAUCCUGCAACUGAUUUAAAAACGGUUUCUUACGCGGAUAUAAUUAAAAAACUGAAAGAGCGAUAUGACAAAGUGGAAUCGGAUAUAGUGAUGCGGUAUAAAUUCAGGUGUAGGGUUCAAGGACCAAAUGAGACGAAUGAAAACUUUUUGUUAGAUGUUAAAUUAUUAGCAGAAACGUGUGAUUUCGGGGAAUUCAGAGAUUCGGCAAUAAGGGACCAAUUAGUGUAUGGAGUUUAUGAUAAAGAUUUGCAGCAGAAACUUUUAGAUGAAGAGAAAUUAACUUUGAAAAUAGCAGAGAGAAUUUUGAAGACUAAAGAAGUUGCGGCAAAAAGCUCACAGGCAAUCAAUAGAAGCAGUGGUGUUCAUUCAGUAUCAGUAAGGCAAAGAUUAGGAUGGAAGGAUUCGACCGAUAAUAGAAGGGUUUAUGGAGGAAGAGAUGGAGAAAGAAAAGGAAGAGAACGGUCCAGAUACGACGAUAGGCGGUCUACAUAUCAUCAUGGGAGUUACAGAUCUAGGUCACGAUCACAGACAAAAGGACGAUACUCAAAUUUUAUUUGUCAUUAUUGCAAUGCAAGAGGUCAUAUUCAGAAAAAUUGUUAUAAAUUUUUAAAUCAACAAAAGCAUGCAGUUCAAUUCGUAGGUGAAACUUCUAGCGUGGAGAAUCCCCAUGAGUAUUUUAAGAGAUUGAGGAAGGAUUACGAUAGCGACGCAGACUCAGAUCGCCAUCGGAGCCCAUCUCCUAACGGCCCACAGGGGGCAGAUAAAGCUCACAAAAACGAAUGAACCAAGGCGAAAUGUUUCGCUUCAUGUUGGAGGAAGGAAGAGAGCACCGAAGAGGAAGUUUGUUCAUUCGGAGGAUGAGGAACCGUUUUGUGGAUUCGACGAGCCUACUGGACCGCCACCCUCGAGAUCGGAAUUACAUCCGGAGGCACUGCUAGCGUUUUCCGAACGUGCUUCGCCAAGCAUCUCUAAAUCACCUGCCACACUACGACGAUCCAACAGGAAGAAGCAAAAAUCACAGCAUGAUGAAUUCAUAUAUUAUUAAGAGAUAUAUUCUGAAUUACUCAAAGUAUGUAUUUUGAAGUGAAAGUGAUAAUAGCAAAAUAAGAUAAAAGUUACUGAGUUUAGUUGCGCCAACUUUUCGAUUAUUAAAGAUAACAUCUGGAUUAAGCAUGAUGCACAAGAACUAAAAGAGGAAGGUAUUGUUAUAUACUCGUUUCAUGACCCUUUCGAUUUAGAGUGCAACUCUAGAAUGAUUAAUGAUUUAUCUGUCAUCUGUCAUGUUUCGUGGGGUUUGAGAAUAACAAGAAUAAGAACAGUUCAAAUACAUUCGUGCAGUUAGGUUUGAUGUUGAGUAGAGGAAAUAAACUAGCUCUCUUGGAUUGCUACCGUGAACCUGUAAAGAAGUGGUUUUAUUAAAUAUUGGAGAAUAUAAUAGAAUC